GAGGAGGAGGAGGAGGAAGACGAGGAAGACGAGGAGGAGGAAUGGAAGUUCGAAAAUGGAGGGCGUGAGAUCGAGCCCGCGGAAUCUAGGAAUGAGGAGGAUGCUGGAAGCAGUGAUGUUCCCGGGAAGUGGUCUCCAUACGCUCCUGGAAGCGGCGUCUCUCACCAUCGCGCGAAUGGAGUACGUCCGGAUAUGGUGGCGAAGACCGACGCGUUGGGUCCAGGGAUACCAAGCAAUGCUGCCGCGGUGCAGCAGGCCGGCCAUCCAGUCAAAGCCUGGCUGCACUCACCGAGGAUGCUCUGGGACGUGACAGCCUUCGUCUUCUUCCUCUCGGUCAGCAUCUUGACCUCCUUCGCUACCAUCCUCAACCACACGCGCAUCGCCCGCCAGCCCCUCUUCUACCUGGGCAGUCGGCUUCUUUUUCCGGUCACGGGGUACGUGACGGUGCGGUACGGACAGCUUGUCUCCUGCUUCAUCGUGGGUGUGGUUGCCAUCAGCAUGCUGGUCACCGAUUUCCUCCUCAACGAGGAGCAGAAGACGUAUGGCUCCGUGUAUAUCACCUCCUUCAGCACCCUCUUCCAGGCCUUAGUCUGCCCGACGCUCAUCGUCAUCGUCUCCUGGUCCAUUUCCUACCUGGCUGUGGCCCUGGCAGAGCGGCAAGACACCCUCCGCCUCCUUCGGGAUAAAAACGCCCAGCUGCUCGCGCAAGAAAAAGAAUUAAGAGAGGCGAAACUGGCAGCCGAGCAAGCCCUGUCCUCCAAGACCGAGUUCUUCGCCCGCGUCUCCCACGAGUUCCGCACGCCCCUGAACGUGGUCCUGGGGUUCUCAGAGGAACUCAUCAAGCCGCCCCCCCCUGGGGACGGAGGGCAGUGGGUGGCACUGACUGCUGAGACAGCGGACCGCGUGCAGUACAUCUUGGCGGCGGGAGAGAGUCUGUUGCGGGUCGUGGACGACAUCCUGGAGCUCUUCCGCCUCUCCUCCACCCACUCCCAAAAGGGGGGCCAGCUUCUCCGGGUGAAUAUGACGGCGGUCGACAUCCCCUCCUUCUUUGGCACCGUCUGCGACCUGGUCGAGGUCAUCUCCAAGGAGAACGGGCUGCAUUUCAUCAAGCACCUGGACCCCGCCCUCCCCCGGUACCUGAUCAUUGACCGGGGCCGAUUCUCCCAGCUUGUCAUGAACCUGGCCUUCAACGCCUGCAAGUACAGUCGGCCCGCGGGCGGGGUGGUGUCCAUCCGCCUCACCAACGAAGGUCCCGUGGAGGACGGGCGCCCGGGCUUCAUCACCUUGCGCCUCGACGUGCAGGACAAUGGGCCGGGGAUACCGCCGGAGGUCAAAGACCGAAUUUUCGAGUCCUUCUUCCGAGGAGGGCCCUCAAUGGAGACCAUGGAGGUCGAGGAAGAGGAAGUGGCCAUGCCCGCUGCGGCGGGAGGGCCCGACUGCUACUCCUUGCCGGCCACCGGGGGUGGGGGGGGAAUGCGAGGAGGCGAGAUGACUGGGUAUUUUGAAGAUGCAAGUCAGCUACCACCGGGGGGUCAGCGCCACAGGGGAGUCGGA